AUUACAUCGAAUUCCAGUUCAGAUACGACCUCAGAAGUGGCCACUAAUCAAACCACAACCCAAGAUCAGCGACGAGUUGACGAUAGAAAGAAAAAGGUUCGGGAACAAAGAGGAUGUGUUAUAACCGAGUUAUUGCAGACCGAAAGGGAUUACCGGAUGAAUCUUGAGGUCUGCGCCAACAUAUUCCUCACCGACAGAGAAGAGGGGGUAAAAAAUGGCAUAGAUUUGGGCCGUCUUUUC